CGCAAAGUUCUCUUUAGUGUUACUAAUCGCUGUUCCCGGGAGCACAUCUCUACACCCUCGGGCCUCAGAACGCAGCCGAGUAAACAUGCCGUGUGUUCAUUACAAGUUUUUCAGUAAACUUACACACGACACUGUGAUCUUUGAUGGCCUUCACAUCACUCUCGCAGAUUUGAAACGCCAAAUCAUGAGCCGAGAGAAACUGAAGUGCUGCGAACUGAGAAUCACAAACGACCAAACUAAUGAAGAAUACAGUGAUAAUGCCGACAUCAUCCCCAGUUACACCAUGGUGAGUGUCAGGCGAAUCCCUGGAACUGGGGUAAAAUCCACAUACAACAGACGUGGCAGUAACUGGUCUGAACCAUCAAGUGGAUCUUCAAGAGCACAAAUGAAUGGUUGUUAAUUGUCACUGGAGCAGCUUUUCGAGACGGAGAAUCUGGCUGAGGCAAAUGCAUCAGAGGAGGACAAAAUAAAAGCUGUCAUGUUCCAGUCCAGCCGCUGUUACUAUACUGUGAAGAUCCUACUUUUGUUGGGGGCAAGCGCAUACGGAGAAGCGCAGGAAUUCCAGUCAGCUUCCUAGUGGAGGUGGAUGACCCCAACAUGAAGGGAGUGAUGCUGAGCAGCAGCGGAAAGCAUGUCAUUCCCAUUAUUAAUGCGGGCCUCAGAACGCAGCCGAGUAAACAUGCCGUGUGUUCAUUACAAGUUUUUCAGUAAACUUACACACGACACUGUGAUCUUUGAUGGCCUUCACAUCACUCUCGCAGAUUUGAAACGCCAAAUCAUGAGCCGAGAGAAACUGAAGUGCUGCGAACUGAGAAUCACAAACGACCAAACUAAUGAAGAAUACAGUGAUAAUGCCGACAUCAUCCCCAGUUACACCAUGGUGAGUGUCAGGCGAAUCCCUGGAACUGGGGUAAAAUCCACAUACAACAGACGUGGCAGUAACUGGUCUGAACCAUCAAGUGGAUCUUCAAGAGCACAAAUGAAUGGUUGUUCAUUGUCACUGGAGCAGCUUUUCAAGACGGAGAAUCUGGCUGAGGCAAAUGCAUCAGAGGAGGACAAAAUAAAAGCUGUCAUGUUCCAGUCCAGCCGCUGUUACUAUACUGUGAAUGAAGCACUCAAGCUGGUUGGAGGCCUUCCACCAAACUAUGUGUGCUUUAACUGUGGCAUCCCUGGGCAUCACAUCAGAAACUGCCCAAAGUCACGGGAUCCUACUUUUGUUGGGGGCAAGCGCAUACGGAGAAGCGCAGGAAUUCCAGUCAGCUUCCUAGUGGAGGUGGAUGACCCCAACAUGAAGGGAGUGAUGCUGAGCAGCAGCGGAAAGCAUGUCAUUCCCAUUAUUAAUGCUGAGGCUUAUGCAUCUCAGAAGAAAGAGAAUCCACCUUUCUUCCCCCAGAACGAGUCCUCCUCAUCGACCUCUGGUGAAGAUGCAGUGCCCGAUGAUUUUCUGUGUCGGAUCUGUAAAGAUCUUAUCACUGAUGCUGUGAUGACUCCCUGUUGCAGCAACAGCUACUGCGACGACUGUAUCCGCACGUGUCUGCUGGAUUCGGACGAACAUGUUUGUCCCACCUGCAAACAGUCUAAUGUGUCUCCUGAUGCUUUGAACAUAAACAUGUUCUUACGCCAGGAAUUGAACCGUUUCAAGAACAGUGUCGCUGGGUCUGGUUUCUCACACCACCAAAAACCCCUUCAGUCUCUAUCGGCCUGUUUCUCCACAAGCCCGAGCAUCAGCCAUCGAUCCAGCUCGUCUGCUUCCGGACCUAACAGCUCUCGCACCAAUAUACCGUCUGGUAAGAGGGGACGGGAGCUGAGCGAGAAUGAUGAUGAAGACAACGGCUCCAGUACUCUCAGGAAAACCAAGCAUGCUGCUGUGUGAAGAACAUCCAGAGCGCUUCAUCAUCAUUAUGUAUAUAUUAUGUAAAUUUCAUGUAUAUAAUUAGAUAGCACAGACGUAGACUUAAUAAAGAUUUUCCCUAUUGCAUUGAA